CGUAUAUACCGAAUAUCAAGGGUAACAACGUUGUCCUCCAACUCUCUGAUCAGUUUGUUAUUGUACUUGUCAAUUGAAGGUUGAAGUGAUUUUCUGAUAGCAACAACUGGAUUAAAGAAAAUUAGUCAAAGCAGAUAAAAUUAAUUUCCAAUAUUAUAUCGGUUACGAAAGGGGAAACUAAAACAUACUACAAACAGCUUCAUGCGGAUCAGCCAUCGAGUCUUAGAAGAAGCAGAAGAAAUUAGUAAGACUUUGACCAGGGUCUUCAUCUAAGUGGAACAACAAAUACAGAAGUCUAAGUGUAAAUUAAGAGGACAGAAGACAACUGUCCCAAAAGGUUACAGGAUCUGAGUUUCUGAAUACAGGAAUAACUUGUUGCAGCAUGGGAAAACUUUGAACACAGAUCCAGUUUGUUAUGAUGGCAGGACCUAGUAAUGACAAGUGCAGCAGGUCAGUGGUUUGCAAUGAUGACCCUCCACCUCUGAGUAUUACACUGAAGGAGCUUGGAGAUUUGCCAAAGAAGGUGAAACAUUGGGACACGGACUAUUCUCCAGUUGACAUUCUGCUCUUGACUGCGGGGGAUUGCGAGUUCUUGGCUUGUCAUCAUUACUUGAGAGAUUCCUUUAGAAGCUAUGAGAAAUCCAUUGGAUAUGUGUACUUUGGAAAGAUGGGUGAGGAUGAAGAGGAGUCACUGAAAGUUGCUUUAGUGAAGUGUUCUAAAGAAUCCUUGGAUCCUGGAGGUUCUCAAACUUCUGCUAAGAAUGCCAUCACACUCCUGAGACCUAAGGCUACCUUUUUGGUUGGUUUCUGCUACAGUUUGAAUCCUGACAAAGCCCAGCUAGGAGAUGUGGUGAUAUCCUCACAGCUCACAAUAGAUCAUCACAAAACCCCAGUGAGUAGGGAUGUUGGUAACCUUGUCAAAAGUGCAGCUGAUGGAUGGAAGGCACCAUUACAAAACCCAGAAGCGCAAAAGGUCAAAGUACAUUGGGAUGGAGAGAUUUUGAGUUGCUCUGAUCUGAUUGGUGCUGAACAGCAGUGUCAAUUACACCCUGGGGCAAUUGCAGUUGAAAUGGAAGGAAAAGGUCUUUUUGCAGCAGCUCAUGACAUGAAGAUGGAGUGGCUUGUUGUUAAUGGUGUUUGUGGUUUUGUACCUGGCAGUGCAACUAAAAACAAUUCAUGGAAGACUUUUGCUUGUGUUAUGGCAGCUUCUGUUGUAUCCAACAUGUUGAGUAACUCUUUUGUGUUUGGAGACUGGCCUCAUUACGGAGGUACUUCACCCCUCACUGAAGUACCCACCACUGGUCAUGGAAGAGAACUAGAAGAAUCAAGGGGAAGGACAGACAUUUCAGCUGGAGAGGAGAGUUGUAAAAGUGAUGAUCCUUCAGAAAAUAAACGUAGAAGGCUUGCAGACAUUCCAACAGAAGAGGAGAGUUGUAAAAGUGAUGAUCCUUCAGAAAAUAAACGUAGAAGGCUUGCAGGACCGUUGAAUGUUGAGAAGUGCCAAGAGAAGCUAAAAUCUUAUUAUGACACCUUUAGUAAGGUGAAAAUCGUUCCAUGGGACGAAAGCUCUUCCAUUGAGAUAAAUGAGAUCUACAUACCUUUGAAUUGGAUGAGAGAUCACAGGAAGCCCAGCGGGGUGACACAAGAGGAACUUGAAGACUAUACCGACAUGUUCAAGGGAAAACCAACACGAAUGCUUGUUUAUGGUCGGCCAGGAAUUGGCAAGAGUACGUUUUGUAAAAAAGCUGCAUAUGAUUGGUCGAAAGCCUUAAAAGAAAUCCUAAUGAACUUUAGCAUUUUGCUUUUGAUUAAGUUGAGAGAUGUGUGUGACGUGGGAAACAUUCGCGAUGUUUUACGUGCGUCUAAAUUGCUGGCCAGUGAUGGUCCGAUCUCCGUUGAUAGUCUCUAUGAUUGCAUAAUUAACAAUCAAGAUAAAGUGCUGCUUAUUUUGGAUGGCUACGAUGAGUACAGCUGUGCAAAAGAACACUCACCCAUUCUUGCAAUUUGGAAGGGUGAGCAACUAAGAGAUUGUCACGUUAUUGUCACCACGCGACAACUUAAAUGUGACGAGUUAAGAGGCCCCAGCCACGUUCAGUUAGAAAUUCAAGGUUUCAAAAGUUGGAAACGAAAAUUAACCUUUGCGAGAAAAUUUUUGGCAGGUGAAGAAGAUCUUGACGAGUUUAACCUCUACCUGGUAGAAAAAGAUCUCGUUGACAUGGCAGAAAUACCUCUUCUUUUACUGAUGCUGUGUAGUUUGUGGAAAGAGAAACGUCACGAAGGACUGCCAAAAUCACGGGCCGACAUAUUCACACAAUUCAUUCAAACCAUGCUGGAUCACAAAGGUGGAAGUCACCAGUCUAUGCCAUUUCAGAAAGUGACCUCAACAGAAGCCAGAGAAGACCUUAGUAAUCUUGGAAAGGCUGCCUUUGAAGCACUUCUGCUAGACCGUCUUUACGUACGCUGCGGCGAACUCCCCGGCAAUAUUUCAAGAAGUUUUGAAAAAUUAAGUGAAGUUGGGCUUUUUCAAAUUGUUAAUCUUACGAGUCUCAAUCCUGAGAAAGGGGCCUAUUUCAUUCAUAAAUCCGUACAGGAGUUCCUUGCAGCCUGGCACAUUAAGGAGGAAGUGUUGUCGAAUAAAGGAGAAAGUACGCCUAGCCUUUCCAAAGUUGAAUCAUUUGAAAAGAUCGGGAAGAUGGAUGAAGUUCUGAAAUUUGCCUGUGAGCUGUCAACAGAAGCCGCGUGCGCAGUUUUCCAUCAUGUGGGGUCUGUUGGAAGAAAGGAAUCUGUGUCGGAAUGUGAUUUCAUUGAGCUGCUUCUGGAGGAUGAAGAACUGUCUCGAAAUCAAGAACUUUAUCUUGAGCUUAUCUCGCAUAGCUACGUUUGUUGUUCGGCCGAGAAGAGGCGGGAUCUCUACUCAGUAUUUCCCUCUUGCACCGGAGAUGUUUUUUUGUAUCUUGAUUCUAACAAGGUGAACAUUACUGCAAAUGAACAUUUGCUGAAAUCUGACAUGAUACCCGACUUAAUCUUUUUCCCUGACUACGAAAAUUCUUCAGAGAAAAGCUAUCGAGACUUGAUCACUGUAGCGGAGGACACAAAUGCAGUAUUUUUGAGCUGUUCGGGCGAAAAGAAAGCCGCAGAUUUACUGAAGAAGUUCCCGCGUCGUUAUUUGGGCGAGUUCUUUUUGAAGAGAGAGAGAAAAAUCGUCGUUUAUGUUUAUCAAAUACGCAAAGAAAAAGUUGGUAGCACUUUUCCGACUGAAAUGCUACGAGAGCUCAUUUCGCCAACGGCAGAGUCGACUCAGGUGACGCGUCUUGUUGAUCCGUUAAAUGAACACGACAGCGAAACAGCUUCGAGUUUGACUCAGAACACUGAUAGCAUCACUGGUCCUACUCCUCAGAGCCUUUCCUGUGUGAAGCAGAUUUAUAUUUGCCACAUAGAAAGGCAAGAGAUAAAGAUGCUGGCUGAUUUCUUACCACUUUUCACUGCUCUGCGAUGGAUAAGUAUUUUUGGUAAACCCUUUGAAAUCAUUGCUGCUCAGUUGACAGAGACCCUGGUGUCUCGUAUCAUCUUCUCUGACAGACUUGUCACAUUAGUACUUGUUAGAAUCAAUUUAACAGCCAAACCUGCCGCAGUCAUCGCCAGAUCUCUGCACCAGGCUCCUUGCCUGCGAUGGCUCGACUUGUCAGAGAACCCUCUUGGUGAAGGAGUAAGUGUUCUUAUUCAACAUCUCAGCCGUGUUCCUCACCUGGAGAGGCUGAAGCUUUCUGAUGUUAAAAUGACAAAGCAGCAAGUGAAUGAAUUGAGUGCAGCUGUACGUCAGAGUAACAUCUCCUGGUUGGUCACACAAUACCACAAGUCACCAGGAACAUUUUCGAUUAGAAAAGAAAUGACCAAGGGCUUCCACUUGAAAAGUAGUAGAGAAAGAAUGCUACCACUGAUGAGAAAGGGAAUGUCAAACCUGAAGAACAAUGGCCAACAGAUGAAUACUGGGGAGAUCAUUGGAGCGAAUCAGAAGAAGAGUCAGAUCCUGGGUCAGUUACCGACUCCAGUGACGAGGAAGAGCCUGGAUCCUGCCUGGAAACGUAACUGACCAGGACUGGCUCAGUAGACCACCUGAAACUAAGGAAACUUACCAUUGGCCAGAGCAGUCUAUCCAUUGAUAGAAUUCUUUCAGAUCUGUUCAGUUAGAGAAGUCAAUACCUUAAAGUUGUAUCCAUCGUUUUGAACAAAAUUUGAAAACAAGUUUAGGAAACCUGAUUAAAUAAAGGACAUUUCAAGAUGA